AUGCAAACACGUAGAGAUGCUUUGAAAUGGUUUGGUGAGGCAGACGGCAAAUUUAUGGUUGCAUUUGGAGGGGACGGUUGUCCAUUUGGAAAAAAUGGAACGGCUUGUUCUUUCCUGGUAAGUUUUCUAAAUGCUAGCAAACGGGUUGCCUCCAAUAGUGACAACGUCUUGGUGUUUGGUGCUAAUUGUGAAGAAACUUCCAAAUUGGUUAAAGGUUAUGUUCAGUCAGUUUAUAAAAAAAUUCAUGAUCUUGUAGGUAAAGUGUUUGAAAUAAAUAGUCUUCAUGUCACAUUUCAAUUUCAAGAGUUCCCAAACGACAUGAAAAUGCUUACCAUGCUUGCCGGUGAACUAUCUAACGCGGCCACAUACUUUUCUUCAUUUGUAAAUGUGUCUCAACAUGAUUUAACUGAUUUGAAUGGGAAGUUUGG